AUGUCGGUGUGCCGUGCCUCCGGUGCAAUCCUUGUCACCGCUCCUCCCUUCCGCGUUGCAGCUGCACUAUCUGUGUUGCUCGCGUCACUCGUCUGCACAGCGAGCGGGCAAACAGUUUGCCGGAGAGACAAAUUCUCCGAGUGGCGCUCCCAUCCGGAGGACAUCACCGUGAAGUGGGCGCUCAGUCGGAACAUUUGCUCCGACUUUCACGCGGAAUGCUGGUACUUUGGCCCCGAUGACCAGAGGGGAGUCGCCGAAGCCAAUCAGGCCCUGAACUUGGCCCAAAACUGCCCUCUGGAGCUGCAGGUCGGAGACGGUCUAUUCAUUUCACCGGAUCUGUCUCUGGAAACACGUGGAGUGAACUUGGCUAAUGUGUCCGGGGCAGAAUUCGGCAGCUGCUCUCACACAGGGAGUCCUGCCAGCCAGCUGCUGUUUGGGGGUAAGGUCAAAGCCACCAGCCAGGUCCACCCCAAGUGGUUGACCGCAGGCACACACCUGUUUGCGGAGGUCCGCGAUGAGGGAGCUCCGCUGUGUACCUUUGGUCUCCGGCUCAACGUGACUGUCAAAGCGCAUCUCUGUGGGACAUCCAACACAGCGGAGCCUCUCUGCUCGGGCCACGGAGUGUGUCUAACCAGACCCGGGGAGGCAGGUUACUAUUGCCGCUGUGAGGAGCCGUACGCAGGAGACCUCUGUCAAGAGUACGAUGCCUGCCACUGGAGGCCGUGUCUGAACCGUGGCAUCUGUACAGACAAGAACGAAGGAGCUGGUGGGAGAGGAUAUCGCUGUGACUGCCCAGCGCAGUAUUCAGGCACGUUUUGCGAGCAGUUGAUGAGUUACUGUGAUCUUUUGCCAUGUGUCAAUGGUGGUGCUUGUCGGAAUGAGAUGCCAGGUUACAUCUGUGACUGCCCGGAUGGCUUCUCUGGGCACAACUGUGAGAUCAAUGUGGAUGAGUGCACCACAGAGCCUUGUCUGAAUGGGGCCACAUGCCUGGAUGGAAUUAAUGGUUUUGUGUGUACCUGUGAGUCUGGCUUUACCGGAGAGAGAUGCGAGCUUCGACUGGGACCCUGUGACUCAUCACCGUGCAUCAAUAACGGGAGCUGCUUGCGUGCGGAGAGGAAUUACCAUUGCAGGUGCCUGCCAGGGUUUACAGGAAAGAACUGUCAAGAGGCAAUUGACAACUGUAAGAUUCUCACCAUCGCUUGCCUGAAUGAAGGGCUGUGUCUGAAUUUAAUCAAUGGAUUCAGUUGCCUGUGCGCCCCAGGAUGGAGGGGUGAAUUCUGCCAGUUUGUGGAGAACGCAUGUCUGAUUUAUCCUGAUCACUGUCAGAACAAAGCCACCUGCCUAGACACCAGUGGAUCCAAGGAAACUCCACAAUAUGAAUGCCGGUGCCUAACUGGUUACACAGGACUUCACUGCGAGCUGGAAAUUGAUGAGUGCUCUUCAAACCCAUGCCAAUCUGGGGGCACCUGCAGGGAUGAUGUUGGAUAUUACAAUUGUAUCUGUCCUGCUGGAUUUGAAGGCAGGAACUGCGAAGUGGAUGUGGACGUGUGCACAGCACUUAACGUAACCUGCCCGAAGGGAUCACAAUGCGUAGACCAACCUGUCAGACUCGAGUACCUCUGCCUCCAUCCGUGCUCUCAAAAUGUAAGACAACUGUGUUCUGAGGCUGGCCGCUGUUUUGUGGGUGACGGCAUACAGGACUAUGUGUGUGUCUGUGCCCCUGGCUGGGCAGGAAGAUGGUGCAACCUCAACAUCAAUGAAUGCAAGGACCAUUGGUGCCAAAACGGAGGUACCUGUGAAGAUGGAGUCAACACGUACAGGUGCGCGUGCCCUGCUGGAUACACCGGCCGAUUCUGCGAAAGCGACAUCGAUCACUGUGCCGGGAACGUUUGCUCGGAGCAGGGCACCUGCCGGGAUGACGUGCACAAUUACACUUGCCACUGUGCGGCCGGAUACGAGGGGAGCCUGUGUGAAACGGAGACUAAUGAAUGCGCAAGCUCUCCCUGUGAACACGGAGCCAGCUGCAUUGACUUAAUUGGCCGCUUCACUUGCCGCUGUGCUGCAGGAUUCACAGGAAGAACCUGCUCUGUGAACAUAGAUGAGUGCUUCUCCACACCUUGCUCACAUGGAGGGACUUGCGUUGACCUGAUUGAUGGUUUUGACUGCAUCUGUCCUCAUGGUUACGAUGGCAUAGACUGCUCUAUUGAUCUGGAUCUGUGCAGUAUGGAUUUAUGUCAGUCUGCCACUGUUAAAUGUACAGAAAGAAUGGAUGGACACAACAUCACUUGUAUGUGUCAGCCCGGUUUCUCAGGGUUUUACUGUCAGAAGGAGGUGAACGAAUGUGACUCGGACCCAUGUCUGAACGGAGGUGUCUGCGAGGAUGAUCUCAAUACGUAUAACUGCUUUUGUCCAGACGGGUACGAGGGGCUGAACUGUGAAAUUAACUUUGAUGACUGCAGUUACGGAUACUGUGAGAACGCUUCAACCUGCCUAGACCUGGUGGCAGACUACGCUUGCAUCUGCCCUGUGGGCGUCACAGGCAAAAACUGCUCCGCAGACAUUGAUGAAUGUUCUUCUGAUCCCUGUAAAAAUGGAGCAGCCUGUGUCCGCACGAUUGGCGGAUUCCACUGUCGUUGCGCGCAAGGGUUAAGUGGACGUUUCUGUGAAGUGAAUAUUGACGACUGCCAGUCUGGAGCCUGUGAUCCCCUUAGCAUCUGUCAAGAUGGCUUGAACUCGUUCCUGUGUUACUGUGCACCAGGUUUCGUCGGCAAUAACUGUGAGAUUGAGGUGGAUGAGUGUCUCAGUGACCCCUGUCAGAAUGGUGCCACUUGCUCUGAUCUUCUGAACGCCUUUAGAUGUCUGUGUCCUGAUGGAAUUGAAGGUACCUUGUGUGAAAUCAACAUAAAGGAAUGCCAUUCAUCUCCUUGCUUGCACCACUCGACGUGUAUCGAUCUCAUCGAUAGUUACAGAUGUCUCUGCCUGCCCGGCUUCACAGGCAUAACGUGCGAAACAGAUGUAGACGACUGCGCUUCAAAGCCCUGCACAAAUGGAGGCACGUGCCUCGACCGGCCAGGCGAUUACUUCUGCAGUGCCCAGCUCCCACUGGGUGAAUGCUAUAUUAUCAGAGGCUUGGACUGUGAGCUCAGGCCCUGUGAGACCACCAGCCCCUGUGAGAAUGGAGCGGCCUGUGUGGAGGAGACUGACCUCUCCUCCUUCCCCCACGGAUUCCGCUGCCUGUGUACCAGGGGCUUCACCGGACCUCGCUGCGAGAUCAACGUGAAUGACUGUAGGCCCAACCCCUGCCUCCAUGGAUUCUGUUACGAUGUAGUGGAUGGGUUUUACUGCCUGUGCAGCCCGGGCUUCGCUGGAGUGAGAUGCGACCAGAACAUUGAUGACUGCGUCAAGAAUUCAUGUGAAAACAACUCCACGUGUGUAGAUCUCCAUCUGAGUUACAAGUGUGUUUGCCCUCCGGCCUGGGAAGGGGAUUUCUGUGAACGAGGAGUUAAUGAAUGUGCCUCGGAGCCUUGUAAGAAUAAUGCAAAGUGCACAGACCUCAUUGGUGGCUAUCACUGCACUUGUGCUGCAGGCUGGAGAGGGUCAGACUGCAGGGAGGACGUGAAAGAGUGUGAUUCGAGCCCAUGUCUGAACGGUGCCACCUGCUUCGAGCCUGCUGUCCCAGGGACCUUCCAAUGCCUCUGCCCCCCGUUCUUCACUGGUGCCCUAUGCGAGCAGUUAUAUGAUCCCUGCGAUGACCCCUACAGCCCCUGCGUCCACAACUCAACCUGCGUCACCCUGAGCGGAGGGAUGGCUUUCUGCAUCUGCAGACUAGGAUUCCAAGGAGCUCACUGCGAAAUUGACACCAACGAGUGCACCUCCUCUCCUUGUCAGAACCGUGGUCGUUGCUUGGAUGAGAUCAACGGCUACAGGUGCCUGUGUAUACCAGGGUUUGUUGGGACAAACUGCGAAGAGGACAUCGAUGAAUGCACGUCCACUCCCUGUCAAAACAACGGCACUUGUCUGGAUCUCACAAACAGAUUCCAGUGCAGUUGUACGGUGGGUUAUUCUGGGGCCUUUUGUGAGCUGGACAUCAACGAGUGCGAGUUUCUUCCUUGUCUGCACAGUGGCAGCUGCGUCAAUGUGCACGGAGGCUUCCAGUGUCUCUGUCCCCCUGGAUUCACAGGUGUCAGAUGUGACGUUAAUAUCAAUGAAUGCAGGUCCGCUCCAUGCCUCAACAAUGGAAUAUGCAUCGACGGCAUCAGCCAGUACGGCUGUGUCUGCCCGAAUGGUUUCAUCGGAGCGAACUGUGAACACGACAGGGACGAAUGUGCAUCUAACCCUUGUCUUCACGGCGGAUGCAUUGACUUAGUGGAUGGAUUUGAAUGUCACUGUGAACCUGGAUGGACCAGCUCAAGAUGUGCCAUCGACAUUAACGAGUGCGGCUCGAGCCCUUGUCUUAAUGGAGGAAUCUGCCAGGAUUUGGUGAACGGCUACAGAUGUGUUUGCUCGGACGGCUAUGCUGGUGGCAACUGCCAGGUGGAUGUGAACGUCUGCCUUGACAGCGUCAUGAACUACACCCAUUGCCUCAAUGGUGGGAUGUGCGUAGAUGGACCUGGGAGUAACUUUAGCUGCAGGUGCCCUCCAGGAUUCUCCGGGAAGUUCUGUGAGCUGGACAUAAAUGAAUGUGGAUCUGCGCCAUGUCUCAAUGGUGGCUUAUGUCAGGAUCAUGUCAACAAUUAUUCCUGCACCUGCACACAAGGCUGGAUGGGAACUCACUGUGAUGUGGACAUUGACGAGUGUUACCCAAUGCCUUGUGUCCAUGGUAUCUGUGUCCAGAACAAGCCUGGCCGUGCCUACACCUGCUUCUGCAGCCCUGGAUAUGUGGGCAUAAACUGCGAGCUAAAUUACAACGAUUGCUUCAUCUACACUUGCCCAGCAGGCUUUCUCUGCCGAGAUGGCCUGAACAACAUAAGUUGCCUUCCAAUGAUCUCGUUCACCAGCACGAGCAAAAGUCUUGCCGCGGCGACCUCUGCUGGAACCCUUGAUAUUGCGCCACUACCAAUCUCUGCAACAGCCUGGAGCUUGGUUGCGAAUGGAGAAGGCAAGGACUCUCAAGGCCUUCAGCCCGCAGCCACAGCGGAACCGGCAGAGGACGUGUGGUUAAGUUUAGCCCCUACCCUGGUAGCCACCACUCCUUCAGCACCAGCCUACAGCCUUCCAGCCCUGUCACACACUCAACUCCUUACCACAUCAUUCCCAAGUGAUACAGCUAUCUGGCCGUCAAUUAUCCCGACUUCUGUACGCGAUGAUGCCGUCUCCCUGACGAUCGUCUCCGCGGUGACAGUCCCCUCAGCGACCGUUCCUGUGGCAACCCCGGUGUCUUGCACGGACCAGCCCUGCCUGAACGGGGCAACCUGCGAGAGCGUGGACGAUGGGGGAGCAAAGUGUCACUGUGCGCCCCGUUUUCGAGGAGAAAGAUGCGAAGCAGCUCGUCACCCUAGUUACGUCCAAUAUUCUGGGGAUUCCUAUCUGGAGUUUGGAGGUUUCCACUUGCUAUCCCAAAACAAGAUAUGGAUUCGAUUCCAAACGUUUAGCUCACACGGGAUGCUCUUCUACACCCAGCAGAGCGAGAUGGCAGCUGGAUUCUUAUUCAUUAAGCUCUCUGUUGAACAGGGAUUCUUGCAGUACCAGUUUGCGUGCGAGUCUCUUAGAGAAGUCAACAUCGUGAACACAACAGUGAGAGCCAACGAUGGAAAGAUGUAUAUUGUUCAGAUCAGGCAGGAUCUGGUACCAUGUGAAGCUGAGGUAACUGUGGUUGGGAGAGCCACAGUGAGGAGCACACCCAGCAACAAUUGGUCUCGCCUGGUGAAUCAACGGACUGACCAGCUCUUUCUCGGUGGCUUCACAUCCAGUUACAAGCCACGUCAGAUUAUUGAACCGUUCAACAAUUUUACUGGCUGCCUGGAGGUAAUGAAAAUCAAUGGUUUGGGCCCGUUAGUCCCUCUGAAUGCUGUGGGCAGAAACAAUAUUGACUACUGUGGAUUUCCUGAGGCCAUUCCAGACAACGCCAUCUCGUCUGUGUUUCCAACCCUCCCAUCCUCUCGCCUGCCAGCAUUGCCAAUGCAGCCCACAUCUCCGGAAACCCUCCACUGCCAGGCAGCCUUGUGCCAGAAUGGUGGCACUUGUCAUGAUGUCCUCUUGGCCGGCGGCACCACCUCAUUCCAGUGUGACUGCACUCUGCAUUUCACUGGACAUUUCUGUGAAGAAGAUGUCACGCUGUUUUUCCCAUUGUUCAACGGGAAUGCUUACCUGGAGCUCCCGUCCCUCACAGAUGUACUGAGGAGAGAUGCAGCCUUCAAUCCUGGAUCAGAGGCAGGAGCUACUGUGACUCUUUACCUCACAGUAAAAACCUCCGCUUCCACAGGAACAAUUCUUUACAGCAGUGAGGAGAAUUUUGGAGGCCAGUUUCUUCACCUGUAUCUUGUAGAUGGAAGACCUAUGGUAAAGCUGGGAUGUGGUUGGCCCCAGAAAACGCUGAUGGUGUCUGGCAAACAACGGAUCAACGAACACAACCUCACCUCAAUCACAGUGAGGUAUAUGCUGCCUGUUGGCAGCCAAGGUGGUUACUGUAUGAUUGAAGUGAGUCUGGAAGGAGAUGUACCGGUGCAAAAGAAGGAAUUUCUGUCGCAGCAAGCCUCCCAGGGGAAUUUCGGACCUAUCUUCCUUGGGGGUGUGCCAUCGGGGGCUGAAGUGCACCAGGGGAUGGUGCAGGAGCACAGUUAUGUUGGCUGCAUCCGGGAGCUGCAGGUGAACGACGAGGAGCUCUCCAUUGUGGAAGAAGCUGUCAAAGGGAGAAACAUUGUGAACUGCGACGUCCCAAUCUGUGGCUACCAACCUUGCCAAAAUGGCGGGACCUGUGUCAGUGACACAGAGAGCUGGUACUGUGAGUGCCUGAAGACACACUCGGGUGAUCUCUGCCAGUUUACAGCGUGUGAAAGAAGCCCUUGUGGACACGGUGCCACCUGUGUGCCCAAGCCCAGCGGAGAUCCCGUCUGCCUUUGCCCCUACGGCAGAGCCGGAGUUCUGUGCCUUGAUGUUGUGAACAUCACUCAACCGUACUUCAGUGGCACAGAUGAGUUUGGGUUCAGCUCCUUUCUGGCGUUCUCCAGGGUCCCCAAUAUCAGUCUGCACUUCGAAUUCAGACUGAAAUUUAAGCUGGCGGAUCACAAGGCGUCCGUCACAAACAACCUCAUCUUUUUCGCUGGACAGAAGGGGCAAGGGCUGAAUGGUGAUGACUUCCUGGUGCUGGGCUUGGAAAAUGGAAGUGUUGUCUACAGGUUUGAUUUGGGUUCUGGCCGUGCUGUGAUCAUCAGUGACCCACUGGAUCAAGCUCGUCACUUGCAUGUUGUCCAUUUAGGAAGGUCCUUCAGGAAGGGAUGGCUGAAGGUGGACGACCAGAAGAAUAAAAGUGCUACAUCCUCUGGGCGUUUAGUGGGCCUGAAUGUUUUCAGCCAGUUUUACGUGGGAGGCUACAGCGAGUAUGAACCCCGUUUCCUACCAAACGGCAGCCACUUCACACACGGUUUCCAAGGCUGUCUGUAUGAGCUGCAGGUGCGAGCUGGCAAGAGCGAAGGGUUUCGAGGGCUCGGAAUUCCGGAGGGUCAUCCCAACGCAGGCCGAAGUGUAGGCCAGUGUGGGGCUACUCCUUGCCUGCUCCUCACGUGCAGGAAUGGGGGAGUUUGUGCGGACAAAGGAUCCACUAUCUAG